AUGGUGCUCGUUCCAGGAUUGCUUCCGCCUUCGCGCGAGAAUUGGGUCAUCAUCAACAACCUCUGGCAGUUCUUCCCCGUCGUGACUGGCAUCCAAUGGCUCAUCGACUACUACCCCCAAGGCAAGACGUCGGUCGAGUCGCGCUUCAAUCUGCCUGGAAAAUGGGCCUGGGCUAUCAUGGAGGCCCCAGGCUUCAUCACCCUGCUCUACAACAUGCGCGCGCUGCCUACUGAGCUCGGUCUGGGUCCCUUGCCCUGGGUCAACUGGACCAUGGCUGGCCUCUACGUGCGACUCCGCCCCAUCUCCCAAUCCCAUACCCUCAGCUGA